GUCACUGACGCUUAAUUAAAACAACAGAUCGCCAAAAAAAAAAAAAAAAAAAAUCUACGCCGAGAAAAAAAUGGAGGAUCUAUGGAAGAGGGCGAAAUCAUUCGCGGAGGAAGCAGCGAAGAAGUCUCAAACCAUAACCUUACAAUCAUCCUCCACCACCUUCGUCAACCUCGUCUCCGAGACGGCCAAGAAAUCCAAGGAGUUCGCGAUCGAAGCCUCCAAGAAGGCCGAGCAGAUCAACGUCUCCGAUUUCGUCUCCGAGACGGCGAAGAAGUCCAAGGAGUUCGCCGCCGAGGUGUCCACGAAGGCGGAUCAGCUCAAGGUCGUCGCGAUGAAGCAGGCGGAUCAGAUCCAGAACAUGAAGUCCAUUGCUGAUAUCAUUCCGCCUCAGCUCGCGGCGUUUGGGUCCGGAUCGGGAUCUGGAUCUGUUGUCUCGGAGGAGGAGUUGUUGAGCUUUGGGAUCACGGAUGAUCUCAGAGAGUUUGUUAAGGGAUUGACCUCUGAUACGUUCAAGGCUUUCCCUGAACAAGAUGAAUCGUCGGAAGUUUCUGAAUUGGGAACGACUGAGUCGAAUGUAAGGAAGGAUCUAUCGGAGUGGCAGGAGAGACAUGCUACUCUUGUUCUUGGCUCUGUCAAGCAAAUUUCGAAGCUGAGGUAUGAGUUAUGCCCAAGAGUUAUGAAAGAGAGGAGAUUCUGGAGGAUAUACUUCACCUUAGUCAGCACUCAUGUUGCACCGUAUGAGAGGAAGUACAUGGAGGAACUUAGGAACAAAGCAGAGAGUAAAGAUGAAGAAGCUAAGAAGACACCAGGAGCUGGAGGGACAGAAACAGCUGAAAAGAAUGUGACAAAGAAUAGAACAUCUACUGCAUCCUCUGAGCAGGAUCUCGAUACAUUCCUCUUGGGAGAUCUAGAAGACAGCGACGAAGCUCCUGAUGAUGGUGAUGGUGAAGGAAGCCUAGAUGAUGAUGAUUUUGACAAGAUUGGCAACUCCGAUGUUGAUGAAGAGAAAAAGAAAGAGACAACUGCAGCAAACUAGAAAUAUAUAUAUAUUAUAGUUUUGUACAACCCACAUGAGGGGAAGUUAACGAUGAUGGUAUAUGAUCUUUGUCUCUUCAUCAGUGUAUAGCUUUUGCUUUAGCGAAUAUGCAAAAGAAGACGCAUUUUAUUCAUUUGAUUCGCAUUUUAUAAAGACCAUACUUUUUUGUG